AUGCCGGAUGUCAAGCGCACUAUUAAGAUCGUUACGGAGUCGCGUAUAUCGGACCCAAAUUCCGGUAUCGAGGGAUUCCCGCUCCGUCAGUGGUCGGUCGAGAUACACCUGCUGAACGACCAUGGAGAGUCCGUUCCUGCGUCGGUAUUCCCGAAAGUAACAUAUCAUCUACAUCCCAGUUUCGAAGCAAGAGCUACGCAGAUUAUAAAAUCGCCUCCGUUCAGAAUCGAAGAGGAAGGAUGGGGUGAGUUCGAUAUGCAGAUUACCCUGAGUGCGCCAGAUAAGGACCACACCAUUACGCAUGACUUGAACUUCCAGUCGAGCAAGUACGAGUCAAAACAUGUCAUUGCAUUUAAAAACCCUAAACCUGCGCUCCUGGCUCAGCUGCGUGAGUCUGGCCCUGUACCUGGUGAUGAGAACGGAGUGAAGAAGAGGGGUCAGGAAGAGUCCAAGAAGAAGAAACGAGUGGACAAGAACGUCGAUAUGGAGAAGCUAGCAGAUGGCCUACAGAAGCUGGGAGAAGACGACUUGCUCCAGGUUGUGCAGAUGGUGCAUGACAACAAGUCCUCGGACUCGUAUACGAAAAACGAUAUUGAACAGGGAGAAUUCCACGUUGACUUAUAUACCCUCCCCGACGCUUUGAUAAGAAUGCUCUGGGACUUCACACAAGAAAAGGGAGUAUUAUAA